AGACAAGCCAACACCAUGCGGCAAUCCCAUCCCAUACCGUCUACCCGACAUAUAUCCCUUCCCGACUCCCGAUUCCACCCGAUUGAAUUCAUCCGACAUGCAGGCUGCUGUAUACCAUCGUAGACCAGACAUACACCUCCCAUCCCCGAGCAUCCACACUGCAUAUCACCCUACUCUACCAAGCUAAACCCUUACCCCAAAGAAAAAGACCAUGUCCCCCUCCCCAAUCUACACCCCCCACGAAACCCCCUUCAUCAAAAAGCGGCGCAACCGCCUCUCCACAACCCGCACCAAGCAGCUCGUCCGCGCCGCAGAACGCGCCUACAAUGAUCCCCCGCCGCCGCCGGGGCUGGGCGAAUGCUGUGGGAGUUCGUGUGAUCCGUGCGUGACGGAUCUAUGGAAGGAGGAGUUGACGGUUUGGCGCGAGCGGUGGGGGGAGGGGGCGGUGGAGGGGAAUUCGAGUUCAAGUUCGAGUUCCUCGACGACGGAGGGGAAAGAAGGGUGUUGGAAGGAGAAGAUGCCGGGGAGUUGGGAGUGGUGAGAUGUUACCUAUCUAUCUAGGGUUUUAUGUGGUAGUGGCUGGGGGAGGGUAUGUGCUAAGGUGAGAUUGGGGUCUUCAGAUGAAACUACGGCUGCGGAUGUGG